GGUCCAGUUGUGUCACCACCUCCAAAGGAGAAUCGAACUGCCGGCCGUGCUGUGGGUCCUCUUGGGUUUGCUUGGCGACGCUUGGGCGGAUUUCUAUCGAGCCUCGCGAAGCGAUGGCCAGGGUCUGGGGAGUCGGAAUUCGAUCCAAGGGAGCAGGUGCUCGGAUGGGACUUUCGGCUGGGGUUGGAUUUGUAGUCGCUGGUGCCUUGGUGGCUCAGGUCGGGAAAUGCACACUGGUGAAAAGGCUCCUCAAAAUGGACAAGCAGGCAACACUAUCAAAGAGCGGAUGCAGCCAACCACGCAGGCCAUCUCCUCUGCUUCCAAGAGGAUUUCAAGCCAACACAGGCAGGCCUUUGCAUUCACCAAGCCCUUGAACGCCCUGCUGGUUGUGCUGGUGUGGCUGAAAUCAGCCCAAUCACAGGUGAUUCCAAGCAAGGAAUUCCCAGCCAUCGUCUUGAUCAAAAAUCCGUGGAGACAACCGACAUGUUCUGGCGUGGUGGUUCACAAAUUGUACAUCUUGACAUCAGCCCAAUGCGUCGAAACUGCAGGACCCGAACCUUGGGUUCUAUUCCCUGGGCUGGCAUCCAAUGGUAUAGAUCAGAAUGGUGAUGGGAAGGUUGUGCAAGCACAGAAGGCAUAUGUGCAUCCCACAUGGCAAGCAAACUUGGAAGGCGGUCAUGAUGCUGCACUUUUAAGACUCCCACAUUCUCAUGCUGUGGAUAUACCCCAUCCAAUGAUUGCAACGAUCCCGUUCUUCGCAAUGCACGUAUAUGCCAGUGUGUUUGUGUGGGUCCCUAUCAUGAAUGCAACGAUGAAAGAGCAGCUGGAAAUCAGGGAGUUUCAAGUUAUUGACAGUAACUUCUGCUCGGGGAUCAAUGGCUCAAGGAAGCACACGUUCUGCAUUUACUCAGGCAUGGUCGAUCUGAAGCAUG